AUGAUCGGAGCGAGUUGGAUCUUGAUUGAAUUCGCAGUGGUCGCAGCUUUUGGUGUGACUGCUUUUGGCUACUAUAUCCGACGUACCGUCAAAUGCGUCAGUCAGCGGACUCUCCCAGGCCGCGUUGCGAUCGUAACUGGCGCCAGCAGCGGAAUCGGAUUCGAAAUUGCUUGCGGUCUCGCACAUCGUCGUCUUCGUGUGAUUCUGGCAUGCCGUAACGUACAGCGGGCUCAAGAAGCUGCCAAAAAAAUCCGCCAGACAACAGGGUGGAACGAUGUAGUGAUUAGACAGCUGGACUUGUGCUCCUUCAAGUCGGUGCGGAACUUCGCAGAGGAGAUUCUAGAGGAGGAAUCUCGACUGGAUGUGCUCAUAAACAACGCGGCAAUUGUGCCUAAGAAGCCAGAGCUGACAGAAGAUGGCUUGGACGUCCAGUUUCAGACAAAUUACUUGGGACCCUUCUUACUUACUAGGCUUUUGAUGCCCAUUUUGGAGAAGACCGCACCGUCAAGGGUUGUUAACUUGUCUUCGUAUUUGUACAGGAUGGGCCGCCUUCAGGUGGAUUCCGAUGACUUUGGACGAGCUCCUCAACACAGACUUGUCACCUAUGCGGCGAGCAAGUUAGCGCUUGUGAUAUUUACACGAGAGUUGGCCAGGCGUUCAAAAAGGGUGCUGGUUGUCUCUUGCACGCCGGGCACAAGCAAUACCAACAUCGCCAGGGACGUCCCCUGGAUACUACGAAACACGGUGGGACGCAUAGCUGCCAAUUUCUUCCGCACUGCCGAACAAGGGGCACAGACGCCGCUGCAUCUCGCCGUCGACGAACAUUUAGAACAGGUGUGGCCCACGGGACAGUACUUUGUCGACUGUGCUCCUGAACCCUUAGCAUCUGUCGCCACACCAACUGACGAAGUCGCUCAAAGGCUGUGGGACAUGAGCGAGAAACUAACGGCCCUUUAGAUUGGAAUCAAUCGCGGCCGCCUCUCCCACGAUAUGACAAUCGCCGCAAUAUCAAAGCUGAGUUGAUGCGUUUGGUGUGAGGCUCGCCUCCACAACGGCGACAUUCGACGGCAUCAACGUGGUCAGCAAUAUGGCUGGCUUGCGAUGACACACAUCCUACUUCUCGUCAUAUCAUCGCCCUAUGGGGUCUGUACAGUGGCACCCAAUAAAUGAUUUUUACGCGC